AUGCACUGGAUUAGGUACCUAGUACGUACUGGCCCUCCGCCGCAGCGCAGCUCCCUCCUGCCCACACCUGCUGUACUUGCGAGGCAGGUCGAUGCGAGGUACUCCCUACUUGCUUGCGCAGAUGCCGUGCUCGCAGCAACAUGGUCGUGCCUGCUCUCCGCCGACGCAGCUCCUUUCUGCUGCCCAUGUGCACCGCUCGCCGCGUCACCCCCCCUCUCUCCCCUCUCCCCUCUCCCCUCUCCCCUCCCCCCUCCCCCCCUCCCCCUCGGAUCCCCUCGCUCGCCCCUCGCUCCCCUCGCUCCCCUCGCUCGCCCCUCGCUCCCCUCGCUCCCCUCGCUCCCCUCGCCGCGUCUGCAAGCGGCGCUCAGCAAGACGCUCGACAACUCGACCGACGGCAUGCUGCCGUCAUCCCGCCGCCGACGGCCGCGUCGCAUCGUGCCAUCGUUCCUUCGUCCCUGCGGACGGUUGCUUUCGGCAGGCCAUAAAACCGCCUCGAGCGGGUCCCCCUCGCUGGCCGGACCGGGAAAGGCCAAGGACACGACGCUGGCGGCCACACCGUCGUCGACGGACGCCGAGCGACAAGCUCCAAAAGCCCCCGACGCCCCCGCCCUAGCCGGCGUGCCUUGCACCGCUGUUACCAGCAGCAAGGGUGGAGUGCCUGGCCGUACCUUUGACUAG